AUGGGAGGUUAUGAAGCAGCAGGCAUGGAUGCUGUGACCAUCGUCAUUAAAGAGUGUAUCAGCCUGUCGACGACUAUGAGGAAGUUCUCUAAAUUAACUUCACAGUCAGGUGUCGUUGCACUGUUAGCAGGAAAUAGUGAGAUAUUUAACGAUGAUAAGAAUAUUCACAAGUUUUCAAAACAUAAGCAAGCCAACAAGCCCAAUGAUCCAUACCUAUCAGGCUUUAUACAACUAAGACUAAUGCUGAAUAAACUGAAUAGCCUCGAUGAAGUCGACUCACUCACAGUUCUUCAACCAUUCCUGAUCUUACUAACAGCUAGCUCAGUUUCGGGUUACAUCACAUCUCUGGCUUUGGACUCCUUACAGAAAUUUUUCACUAUGAAUAUUAUCAAUGAAAACUCCAAGAAUUAUAAAGUUGCAUACAGAGAACUGAUAGAGGCCUUAACACAUUGCCGAUUUGAAAGUUCCUCUCAGAUAUCAGAUGAUGCCGUAUUAUUCAAGGUGCUGCUGCUGACAUGCAAUGUUAUAAAUUCUCCUUAUGGCGAUGUAAUAACAGACUCUUUAAUGUAUGAUGUAUUACAAACAAUACUAACUUUGGCCUGUAAUAAUAGGAGAAGCGAUGUUUUACGGAAGGCAGCUGAAGAAAAUAUUAUUUCAAUCACAUAUAAGCUGUUCUCCAAAAUCAAAAACUUUAAGAAGUCCGAUAUUUCAGGAAUUUAUGUUAAUGAUGAAGCAUAUGCCAACAAUGCCUUGAACGGAGAUUCAUUUGGUAUCACCUCACCAUCUGCUGAUGAUCUCUCUGUAUUGUCUACCGUAGACUCACCAGCUCCAGCGAACAUUGAUUCAAAACUGGAAGGAACCAAAGACAAUGAAACAAAUGAUAAUGAUAGUUCGAUUUUCACAAAGACUGAGGAAAUAUCUAUCCAGAAUGCGGAUAAUUUGGGAACUCAAGAUGAAGAAAAAGAAAAUCCUAAUGAGUCAUUUAAUAGCAUAGAGAGUAAAACUAAUGUCGAAGUUCAAAAUGAAAACAACAGAAUUAUAAACGAAAGCGAAGAAGAGCCUUAUGGACUACCUGUUGCUAGACAGUACUUAAGCUUGCUACUAUCUUUGAUUCUUCCAGACCAAAAAAUUAAACACACUACUACUACGAGAAUCUUUGCAUUAAAGCUAAUCAAUGUUGCAACUGAAGUAACAGGUGAUAAACUUCCAUUGCAUCCAAGACUAUUUAACCUGGUAUCAGAUCCAAUUUUCAAGUCAGUGUUAUUUAUUAUUCAGUCUACAGACAAGCUGUCAUUGCUACAAGCGGCAUUGCAACUAUUUACGACAUUUGUUGUUAUUCUGGGCCAAAGAUUGCAACCACAAAUCGAACUCACAUUGAAAAGAAUAUUUGCAAUAUUAUCGGAUGACGAUGGGAAAUCUCAGAAGAAGACUGGUAAUAAUACAGAAAAAACGAAGUUCAAAUCACCAGCUGUCAAGGAACUUCUUGUCGAACAGAUUGCAAUCUUAUGGUCAAGGUCACCACUAUAUUUUACCUCCACAUUUAUAGAUUUCGAUUGUAACUUGGAUAGAACUGAUUUAUCAAUCAAGUUCUUGAAAGUGUUAGCAAAGCUAUCUCUUCCUGAGAGUGCCAUUAGCACAACUCCUUCUGUACCCCCUAUAUGCUUAGAAGGCCUUAUAUCAUUUGUGGAUGAUUUAUAUGACCAACUGCGUUCACUUGAUAGAAACAAAUAUUUGGAGGUGUCUAAUGAUAUACCCGACUUAUUAAAGCAACGGGAAUUAAAAACCGAAUUUAUCAGAUGUGCAGAAGCUUUUAAUAAAAAGCCUAAAAAUGGUGUACCAAUGUUAAUCGAAAAGAACUUUAUACGCUCGGAUAAAGACAGAGAUAUAGCUGAGUUUCUUUUUGAGAACAAUUCUAGGCUGAACAAAAAAACUUUAGGUUUGUACUUAUGUGACCCUAAAAAGACAGGACUUUUACAAGAAUUUAUAGAUUUUUUUGAUUUCAAAGGUUUGAGAGUUGACGAGGCCAUUCGUGUUUUAUUAACUAAGUUUAGACUGCCAGGUGAAUCCCAACAAAUUGAAAGAAUAGUCGAGGCGUUCUCCAAAAAAUAUGUGGCUGAUCAAAAUUACAAUCCAGAAAAAUUAACAGUUGAUGAAGAAGAAGAGGAUAUGGAAUCAAUACAACCAGAUUCAGACUCAGUAUUUGUAUUGAGUUAUUCUAUUAUCAUGCUAAACACUGAUCUACAUAAUCCACAAGUUAAAGAGCAUAUGUCUUUCGAGGAUUAUUCUGGAAAUUUGAAGGGCUGCAAUAAUUCCAAAGACUUCCCGUUCUGGUAUUUAGAUAGAAUUUACUGCUCGAUAAGAGAUAAGGAGAUAGUUAUGCCAGAAGAACACCAUGGUAACGAGAGAUGGUUUGAAGAUGCCUGGAAUAAUUUGAUAUCCUCCACAACUGUUGUCACUGAGGUUGAUCAUAAUUCAACAUCUACCACAGAUAACUUAACUCUGUUAGAGCUUGAGAAGUUCAACAAAGCUAUAUGUGUAGAAUUGGGUGAACUACUUGUGAAUACUUUCUUCAAGAUAUUUAUUAUUGCAACUGAUGACCAUAUCUCUACCAAAAUGCUGGGAAGCAUAGAAAAAUUUGCUUACAUAUCUUACUUUUUUGAAAUGAAGGACCUCUACAAUGACAUUAUGCACAAAAUUGCUGUAAGAACCUCUCUGCUAAAAAAUCCUUCUGACGAGAUGGCUACUUCUGAGCAGGCGAACGAGGAUUUGAUUCCACUUGUUGAGAUAAAAAUCGAUGAUGAGGAGCAACAAAGCAUCGUGGUUAGUAACGCAAGUGUGAGAAUAGGUCGGUCAUUUAAAGCUCAAUUAGCGUGCAUGACGUUAUUCAGAUUGUUUCAAAUGAACGAAGAUCCCACCUUACUACAAGAUAGAAUUUGGAGUGAUAUUGCAGAUAUAUUGACUGCACUAUAUCAAAAUUUACUAAUUUCUCCUGAUAUAUUCCCUGACUUACAAAACAGGUUAGUAUUGAGUAAUUUACCAAGAAGAAACCCCGACCUCACUAUUAGCCGUACAACUGAAAAUCGUGGCUUCUUAUCUACUUUUGCAUCAUAUUUGAAAGGUGAUGAAGAACCAACAGAAGAAGAUAUCGAAGCUGCAGUAAAAGCACAAGAAUGUGUCAAGAACUGUGGUAUUCCAUCAUCUCUAUUUGGCAACGAAAAAAAUAUAACUCCAAUACUCAUGCGCAAGUUACUUGGUUCUGUAGAUUUAGAGAAGAACUCCGAAAAUUCCUCUUAUUUUGAAUCCCAGAUUUUGUUUAUGUCAGAAUUGGUUGUCGGAUUAUUUUUAUUCUCAAAGGACGAUAAAGAAACUGGUGAGUAUAUUGUUAAAACAUUAUUUGAAUUCAGCGAGUUAGCGGAUUUGAGCAAAAGAUGUGUUAGAAGAUUAAUGACUUACAAAGUGCUACUGCUAUCCAUAUUGGAGGUAGAUCCAAAGUAUUUGGAUAAAAUAUUUAGUGAAGACUUCUUGAAGAAUGAAGUUGCAUUUGGGGAGAAAUAUUUGCAUUCCAAGCAUGGAAAAGUCCUCAUUAAAAGCCUUUUAACUGUCUCAGAAAUAGAACAUUAUAGAAGGCACAUAACUAACCUGGAAAAUUUCUGGACUUUCCUAAGAAAACUUUCAGUUAAUAAGGACUAUGUCAGUGACAUAUACCUCUAUGCCGACCAGUUGUUGAAAAGCAGUAAACAUGUUAUAACGGAGAAAAAUUUUAUGUGGGUCCUUGGCUUACUUGAUGAAAUCUCAUCAUUUGGAUCUGUGGGUAGUAAAUGGGAAAAAGAAUACAGUACUUUAGUUGCGACAGGCCACAAAGUGGAGAAGGAAAAUCCAUUCCAAGAGCUGGUAGAAGUGUCGUUAAGAUCAAUCAACCUUACAGCACAUUUAAUGGACCAAAGUAACUUCCCUGACUUUUACACUAAUGAGGUUAUUAUUGCCAUCGUUCAAGCCUUAGCUCACCAAUGUACCAACCCAUGCGAGCAACUGAGAUCAUAUGCGGUUAGUUCUCUGCAGGAUUCACUAAUAGAGAGAAUACAGAUACCUUCUGACCAAGUCCAAUCAUUAGAACAAAUCCUAGAGCAAGGGAUAUUACCUAUCUUGCUGCCAGAAGGUCAAAACGCUAACUCUCAGCAUAUGAAGGAAGUGUUCCCAAUGAUAACCAAGGUUUACUUUCACUACUUGAAAAAGGGAUCGACUACUAACGAUACAUUCUUAAAAGUACUGAACAUGUUUAACAGCUGUGUUGAAGACCCUGAGAUAGAAAACCAACUACAACAAUUUAUUAUUAUGAAGAAAGAAAUAGAAGCUGAAUCAACUUAG